AUGGAGCCAUUGGAACCAGGGCAGCUAGUAGCGCCUGUUGGGCUCGCAGCAGGAGCGCUCGAUGAUGCAGCAGGAGCACUCGAUGAUGCAGCAAGGGUGCUUGAUGGUGCAGCGAAGACGCUAGCAGGUGUGCAUGCGCACUGGUAUGCUGUGUUGGAGAUGGUCGUAGUGACAGUAACGGUAGAGGGUCCGGGAGCGGGCGCAGCUGAAGUGACUGGAGCUGAGCUUGCUGCUACUGCCGAAGAAGAAGAGGAGACAGAAGAGGAAACACGGGAUGAGGUAGACACAGGCGAGGAGGCUGCCGCGGAUGAGGAAGCAGCCAUGGACGAGGAGGCAGGUGCCGCCGAGGAUGCGGCCGCAGACGAAGAAGCGACAGCAGACGAAGAGGCAGGUGUCAUCGAGGAUGCGGCCGCAGAGGAAGAGGCAGGUGCCGCCGAAGAAGCACUAGAAGCGCCUGCAGAAGAAGCGAUCAUCGAAGAAGAUGAAGACACAGGAACUGAUGCAAUCCUAGCACCCCAGACACCACCGUUGGACCUAGGCGCACCGACACCGCUCUUCAAGUAG